ACUUUCGAUUGCGAACGAGAGAUCCAGAUUCUUGAGCGCGACAUACGACAACAGAAGGAAUCAAGCGUUAAUGCCAAGACAGCAAUUACGUUUGAACAAUUAAGGAAAAUUCACAAUUUGGGGAAAUUCCUCGGACCCCAGAAGGAGGUGUUCUUCGACAGAAUUUGCCGAGCCGCCGAUAUUCAACGUGCAUCACUGAAGAAUCGUCUCAAGCAGAAUAAGGAGAAAUUUGAGCCGCCAACAAUACUGAACUCCUUUCGACAAGGGUAUCAGGAACCCGGAACUCCGAGUGACGGCACACCCUCGCUACUAACGACUCAUUGGCAGCAACUUGCACAGUUCAAUGCUAAUGAGUUUUGGAAAAAAAAAACAGCGCGAAAUGAACGUAAUGCAUUGCCAAGUGACGCACAGUCACCUGACAGCAUCAUUGAUUAG